UGAACAGUUUUUCAGGCAUGUUUAUCCACAUUUGCUCGGACUGGGGUCGACGUGCAGUUCGGGUGACGCUCAUCUCCCCCUCCUCCACAGCACAGUGUGGAACCUGCGUGAUUUUACAGCAAGAUGGCGACAGUCGAACAGGAGCAGAGACGGUGUCAGCUGCAAUGACAAGCCGGAGGACGGGAGCGGUGGUCGUCAGGUAGAUACGUUCUCGAAGAACAAUGUGGUGGAGUCCAGUUCCUCAGCACAGACCGAAAGUAUUUCUACAAUGUCUGUUCUGAAGCCAAAUGCACUAGAGGACAAAGACGUGGAAUCUGUGUCUGACAGCCGAGGUCGUACUCAGGAGCCAUUACAGAGUCACACAUUCUCCCUGAAGAACAAUGCUGCAGGUCUGUCCUCAGAUGAACACGAAAACCCUUUAAAUGGAACCCAGCCGAAUCCAUUUGUAUACAGCAGUGUCCCUGCUGUUCCCCAUGCAGGCAAUUCAUUGCCUUCAGGAGCACUUGUUAAUGGACCUGGUUCACACCCCACCUCAGAGGUACACUGUGUCCUGAACAAAGGCACUGUUUUAUCCAACAGUGUCCUGGAUGCCGUGUGGCAAGCGGAGAAGGACACGAGCCCCGAGGUGUUACCACCACCUAGUGAGCUUCAAUCAGACGCUUGGAAGAACACAGCAGGGCCCAUCGUAAAAACACUGGCCACACAGCCAGGUGUCAACACGCCACUGUCUCACUCGGAGGAGAAUGAGUCUAAACUGGCCUAUUCCACACUGUCAGGUGACAGUGCAGAGCAAAUGCACAUUAGCCAAUCUUUGACAAAACAGACAAUAAAAACAAGAUCUCCACGGGACGUGGAAUGGUCAGGAACCUCGUCGGAUGAUUAUGAUAAUACUGAAGUAAUCAGAUGGGAUUCAGCAAGAGAGUGCUUUUUGCACAAUGACAGAAGGCUGGAGACCACAGUGAUGCACCGAAGAGACGGGAAGCACAAUACGCACACAAAUAGCACGUCAGGCUGUCUGGAAAAGGUUAACAACAGCCACAGACGUUUCUGCAGUGGUAAUGAUGUUGAAAAUGUUGACACUGGAAACAAAGAUGAAUCUUUGGAUACACAAUCUGGUAUUAAAUAUUCAGUUAUGCCAUUCAAAGACCUUUCUAGGAACAUAGCUUUAGACUCCGAGCACCAUAGCACAGCACAGGAAGGCUAUAAUGAGGAAAAUGACCCUGAAGAUGAAAACAGUGUUAGUCCAAAAGUGGAACAGUUGAAGGCAGAGCAACUUGAACACGAUCCACUUUUCUUUUCAUGCACAAUAUGCAAUGUUAAUUUCAAGGAAAAAAGACAUUUCCAUAGACAUAUGAUGUAUCAUUUAGGCAAGCAUAAUCAGGUGAACAGUGAGAAUGUUUCACGGCCCUUUAUAUGCAGGGAGUGUGGGCGUUUGUUCUGUGAUAGCAACUCCCUCAUGAGGCACAUCAUUAUUCACCAAGACAGGCUGGAAGAACUUAUGGAGGAAAUCAAAGGUCUCAAAAGCACAGAAUUACCAGACAGGGCCACCGCAGUGCAGCGCCCUCAGUGCAUAUUUGGUUGUAACUGCCCAAAAAUCUUCGUCCAGCACGCUAAAACACAUGAUAAUCUGACGCACUACUACGUCUGUGAGGAGUGUAACUACAUCACACUGACACAGCAGGCACUUGAAGCGCACUUACAUGUCGCACACCUCAACGAACACCAGCCCCAGUGUAGAAAAAUGACUCAUACUAAUGAUGCAGAGGGAGAGGACCACGUUCAGGUGCAGUGCAAAAUGGGUUUUUUCGCUACCGGAGACAAAGUACGAUUGGAGAGGCAUUCUGAGCCAAAGCAGGAGCCGUCACAGUGUGGUGAUUCUAAAAACUCUGCUGACCAGUCCAAACGUACAAUCUUUAAACCAAAUCUGUUUGAAGAAAAAGCUUGCUUCACCUGCAGUUCCAGUAAAAAAGAUGACAUUUACAUUCAAUCCAGUGACAAAACCAUUCAGUUUAGUCGCAGUGCCGGCCACACCAACACCACACUCUUACCAUCUUUGUGGAAGAUCGAUAAGCAUGGAAAAUUACUCCCGCAGCCAGCAGAAAAAUUGGAUGUGGCAAGUGAUCUCACCUGUGCAGAAGAGGAUGCUAAAAACAAUGACAGCGAGGUUUUUGGCAACACAGAGCAGGAAAACUGUCCUGCAGCUGCUGAUUUUUUAGCCAGGAAGCUUAAAUUAGACCAGAUGUUCUGUCAGGGAAGCAAAAAGCACCCAGGAAGCGGGAGUUUGCAAGUGCAAGCAAACCAAAAUUCUCCAUCAAAGCGAAAAAUGUCAACACCUUUGCAUAACACCACAGAAAAUAUGAAUGGUAAUAUAUUGCCUAGGCUUAGCCAGAGGCUUAAGAAACAGUGUGCGGAUAGGGAGUUAGAUAAAGGCUGUGAGGGCAGCGAUACCUUCAGAGAUGACACCAGCGAAGCUACAGGCGGCUUCUUGGAAAGCAGGAAGAAUGAAACGAACCCGUAUGCUCGGAGGUACUUCAGAAGGAGGCAGAGCUUUUCAGCCAAACACCAAAGCCUCCACACACUGGAGGAUGAGGAGGAUGAGGAUGAUGGAGCUGAGGACUGCAGCGACAUAGAGCAGCUCAUAAUCAAGGAGGAGUACAUCGAAACAACAGUGUGUGAUGAUCCUCCACAGCCGCCUGCUGCAUCUCCAGGUGACAGCUGUGGUAUUUUCCCCACACCAGGGGUAGAACACAAGACCUGUCCUUACUGCCCUGCCAUGUUUGAGUCUGGAGUGGGUCUGUCCAAUCACGUGCGAGGACACCUUCACCGAGUCGGCCUGAGCUAUAACGCUCGGCACAUGGUUUCACCAGAGCAAGUGGCGCUGAGGGACUGUCAGCCACGAGUCCGCAGAAGGAUAUCUACUGGCAUAAGGAAAAUGAGAAAAGCCGUUAAGCCAGAAACCCGUGGAGAGCACACUUGUCCCCUGUGCUGGGGCUGGUUUGAUACGAAGACUGGCCUCUCCAACCAUGUGAGGGGACACCUGAAACGAAUAGGUGGAAGUGUUACGAGCAGCAGUAAGUCCCCGCUGUGCAUCCUAAAGGACCUGCUAAAGGACAAAAAGGAACAUCGGAACAUCCUCCAGGUCCUCAACAAGAGCCGGCUCCCCUCACAACCUUCAGCUUCUCAGAAGUUCAUCAGCAGCAAUGACUUUUUCCUGACAGCCAUCCCAGUAAAAGUCCAGUGUGGAACAAGGAGUCCAUAUCCUGUAUUGAACAGCUUUGUACCAAAGCAGGAGCCAAACACCUUCUCAGAUAGGGAGGAGCUACAGAUAGAAGCACAAAGAGACUCUAAGGCCUCCUCAAGCACUUUAGUCCAACUGCUCAGAGCAAAACAGGAAAGUAAGGAGCUGGCAGUGAGAAACAACCAGGACACCUAUGCAACCAAGACGAUUUGUGAUAUGACCAAAGAUUACAAGGAGGAGACAAAGAUGACCAGUGUGGAGUCAAACUGGACUCAUGAGGAUUCAAAGAAGAUUUGUGUUGAGUGUAACACCUUCCCCACUGCUGCCCAGCUUCCUGGUCAUCUUGGAGCAUAUGCACACAGGAAGAGGAUAGCCAUUAUUGACGAUCCAGGCUAUGAUUAUAAGCAGAAGAAACCAACACCAAGGCCUGGACUGAAAAGGAAGAUUUCACCCUCCUUGAACGCUGAGAUAUACACACUCACCUGCAGAUUUUGUGACCUCGUCUUCCAGGGUCCUUUGUCCAUCCAGGAGGACUGGAUCAAGCAUCUACAGCGACACCUUCUGCACACCAGCGUUCCCCACUCAGGGACAGGGAUGGUCGAGGUUUUGGGUCUUCAUCACAAAAUUCAAAUCAGCAUGUCUCCUGAGCAUCCAGAACCUGAGUAGAGUUUAACCCACUAGAACUCCCAGUUGCCUCUUGAAUUUGCACACUAUUUAUAUGCAUAGGCUACGACUACACAGCUCUUUAUGGAAAUAUGUAAUAGUUAAUCUAGACUACUUAAUAAUAGUGUAUAUUAUUGGAUCUCUCUAUAUAAGCAAAAAUGUUAUUAUAGAAUAUUUUAAUGCUACGCUUUGCCUUAUCAACUUAGCUAUACAGGUAAAAGGGUUAAUAUUUGUUGUGUAAAUUAUUUACAAAACUUAGUGGUAGCAAAAUGACAAACAUAUAAACAUGUAUAAGCUGGUCUGUCAGUACAGAUUUGCCAAAAAUAUUUUCUCAUAUUUUUGUCAUGAUAUAAAGUGCCUUGUUAUUAUAACAAAGCAACUUCUUUUAACAAAGAAAACUUCUCACAAAAUGACAAAAAAAUCACAACAUUCGACUUUUGUUAUGAGAAGCUUUUCAUCAUAAGAAAAGUUAGAAGGAGCAUUGCCACUGCUGAGCUGCAGAUAUGGACAAGACUUUGCAUGUGAAUGAAUUUCAUGUCUUCUCUUGGAGAUGAAAUCCAGUGUAACACAGCUCUUGUUAAGCAGUGUGCACGGCAGUGUCAUUAGUUUGCAGAUGCUUUGUAGAGGUUCACCUCUCUGUACCUGCAUCAGACAGAGAACCUCCCUUAAUCAAAAUGAUACCCAAGAUGUUGUGUUGUAUCGGGACAGCUUUUCUAUCGUUGUUUGUUCUUCAGUUUAACCUUCAACCGCUCAUUAUGUUAACAGUUUUUUAUAAUGAGAGAACUCUCGAAGUAUCACAAGCAAAGUUAGAACAACAUUUUCUAUAAUUAGCUCUGUUUCCAAAGGUUCUGUUUUUGGUUCUGGCAGCAGUAAGGGAGUUAUCAUGAACAACACAAUGUUUAAAUUCCAUGCUAAACCAUCUUAAGAUCACUGGAACUGAACAUGUACAUGCUCCUAACCUCAUUGCUGCUCUUAAACUUGGUGCUUAUUUUCAGGUUAGCACAGAAAGUUUUAUAUUUUCAGAUGGGGCAGCAGCCUGUAUGCACUGUGCCGCGAUGGCAUAUCGUUUUAGAUUGUUCUCUUGCAAUUAGUUUAUUUUCUUAUUUGGUUGAACUCGUUGCCAAAACAUCCAAUUCAUACUUAACUAUUUUGAUUAAAACUUUAUUAAAAUGCUCAAGUAUAAUAUGAUAUUUGAUCUAUCUGAAUAUAAUAUUUAGAAAGCAUAGAAAUAUAGAUUUAGCAUAUCUAUUUUAUGCAUUUAUUUACCUAUCUAUUUUGAAAUAGUCAACUUGUUACUCGAGAGAUUUUGAAAUUGUAGACAUAACACCCUCUGAUAUACAGUACAAUAUAGAGUACAUGUUAAAUUAAUAAACAAUUUUAGUAUAAUAUACACAUAUAUAUCUUACUUAUCUACACAGAUAUUUGUCAUAUUCUGAUACAACUUUUGUAGGUAAAUAUUUGUAUGGAAAUCAGCUACAUUAAUAAAUAAAUUGCAUGAUGUGAAAGCACCGCUUUAAAUUUAAAUUAUACUGACUGAGAGCAGCAUCUGACCCGGUGUGAUGAAAUAAAUCAUCACAGCAGAUUUGAUGGACUAAACAAACGGUUUAACAAAGGUGUGGAUAGUUGAGCAAGGUGAGAUUCAUCCUGAACAAGAGACUUCAUUUGCAGCAGAAUGUUGUCCUUCACAAGAUGCUGUUGAAAGAAGAAGCUCACAAUUUUUCAGUCUUUCUUAGAAUGUAUGUAAAAAAAGACUCUGCUUGCUGUUUAUACUGGUCAUGUAAUGUUCUCUGGGACAAAAAAAAAUCUCUUUCUGUGCAAAAAAGUUGAUCUGAAACUGUUACGAGGUCUGAUUUGUGUUUCUGUCUCUCUUCUGUGUGUCAGCAGAGAAAUUCAGUCUGAUGGAGAAAGGACAUUUCUUACUAAAAGAUCUUCUAUUAGUUUCUAAGUUUGCCCUGAUUUUUGCACCGGGUGAAGGCUGUAGAUGUCCUCCCUCCAUUGCUUUAACAGGGAACAUAUGAGGAAGGCCGGUAGUUCUUAAAAGUUGGAGUAUGCAAUUCUAAUCCAAUACACAUUUAGUCAAAUUGAAAAAACUCAUCUCUCCAUUAUCUGUUAGCUGUGUACAAUGGAAAAAAUAUAAAUGUUUGUAGACAGCCCUGGAUCUGCAAAUGUGUGGGUGGGAGUGGCUUGAACUGAUCCACAUGACACUAUUACAGCAUGUCCUGUCCACGUUAGAGCUCAUGCACUGACAAGUAGGAGAGGGUCAGUGGAGCGAGAGGGACGUGGUACAUCUGGCACAUGCUAACUAGCCAAAUAUGCCAACUAGCCAGCAAUGUGCUAACUGGUUAAAUAUCUUCAAUCUUUCUCCAGAAUUGCAGACUCCACCUUUAUUUUCUGACUUUACCAAUGAUGUACCUAACCUGAAAGGAGAGAGAAGUCACAUGUCUGCAUAUUCAGAGUUAAGUGAAGAACGCACUGUUAUAACAGUUCUCUAAUUGUAUGGAUGUUUUCCUUUUUAUUUUACGGAUUUGUAUUCUGCAGUAUUAAAUACACAAAACUAUCAGUACAGAAUUACAAAAGUACAAUUUACACUUUUAAUAUACAAUAGAAUAAAAACCUUAACCUUUGAA